AUGUCAAUCGUGGAUUUAAUUUGUCGUUUAGUUGCGAGAAUAUAUUUCACGUUUGUGCGUAUUAUAUGUUGGAUUGUUGGAGUGGUUCUCAGGAAACGAAAUGUACCGAAACCAGAGAAUAGUCUACUGCUAAUGAGUGCGAAACAAGCGGCUGAUAGGAUUCGCAAACGAGAGAUCAAAAGUAUCGAUCUGAUUGAAGCAUAUAUUAAUCGAAUUGAACAAGUGAACGGCAUUACCAAUUCGGUUGUGGAGAAUAAUUUCGACGAGGCACGUCAAAACGCACGAGAAGUGGACACGAUUCUGGAUAGUAUCGAUGAGAAGGGCGAAGCUUUCGAUGAAUUAAUGAAUGCUAAACCCCUUCUUGGAGUACCGUUCACAGUCAAAGACUGUAUUGAAGUGAAAGGCAUGCACUGUACCGCUGGACUGGUGAAUCGACGUGAUAUGGUCGCUUCCGAAGAUGCAGACGUGGUGGCGAGGUGA